AUGAUUCCCGACGUGAUCCCUAGUUUUGCUGGUCACGUGGCCCAUGUGUUGUGGACUUCACCUGAGCAGGAUCGUGGGGUGCUUGAGUGCUACCAUCGGAGUGCAACAUUGGACAUGUUGAAGAAAUACAAGUGGAGUGUAGAAGGUUCUCAGGCAAUGGUUCAGGCCACGGGGUUGUCUCACUUGCUCGAGUGCACGAUGCCUCAUUUGGAUUCUGCCCUUUUGACGGCCUUUGUGGAGAGGUGGCAGCCAGACACUAACACCUUCCACAUGCCAUUUGGGGAGAUGUCGAUACUUAUCCACGAUGUUCACUACAUUCUUCGUCUUCCAGUGGAUGGAGCAUUGUUGAGAUAUGACUCGCCGCAGCCGGAGGCUUUAAAGGCCGACAUGUGUGGUCUUAUUCGAGUUGGCGACUUGGAAGGGGCUGUUGGUGGUAAGUGGAGUACUAUUUGGUACAUGAAUGGUGGCAUGCAUGGAGAGGGUGCUUUGUUUCGUGCUGGUGAGCUUCAGAUUAAGGAGGUUGAGGUGCAGUGUUACUUGUUUCUGCUGCUAGGGUCCACAUUGUUUGUGGACAAGAGUCGAGAUCGCAUUCGUCCUGCAGUCAACUUAUAUCUGAAGAAGUACCAUGAUGUGGCUGGGUACGCUUGGGGUGUUGGUACACUUGCCUAUCUUUAUAGACAGCUUGGUGUUGCUUCACGAGCUGGCGGUAAGGGAGUGUGUGGAUAUUUGACACUCUUGCAGGCUUGGAUAUAUGAGUACUUCCCCGACUUUCGUCCUAAUAGGGUGCAACAACAUUCUCCAGCGGACCCUCGUGCUUCAUUGUGGGUGUGUAGUCGUUUGAAGGGUAGAGAUGAUGCAAAAGAACGUUUAGUACGCUACCGUAGCAUAUUGGAUGGCAUGUCUGCGGAUGAUGUGACUUGGACUCCAUACGGAGGACAUGCUGGUGUAGAGGUUAUGCGUUCUUUGUACAAUGGUGUCAUUCGAUUUGCAGAUGUGGCUGAGGGUUAUGAUCCUUCACGGUGCCUUCGACAAUACGGAUAUCGACAGGCGAUCCCACGACCCAUGAUGAUACCAGACGAUCACUUUCGUCCAGCAUCUGCCAAGGACUACAAUGUGACAUGGUUUCCUGGUUAUGAUCAGUUUUGGACCAUGUGGGAGAGCAAUAGGUGGGCAUUUGAUGCUUUCUUUACACCGUGCGAACGUCCAUCUGAUGUCGACGAGGGCUUCAUGGACUGGUACCGAGCUCACUCCCACCCAUUGAUCACCAGCCCCAGCGUUACUAGACAGAUUCCUCGUGAAUUGGUAAGUUGUUUUACAUUAUGA